AUGAUUGCCUCCCGUGUCUUGAUGAACGCCGCUAAGAAAAACACCGGCAAGAGCGCCGUCCCUGUGGAAAUGUACCCAUUGUUCGGUGCCGUCGGUGUUGCCCUUGUCUCGUUGGGUUACUUCACCUACAGACACUUUGCUUACGACAAGCAAUUGAGAUUGUGGAAGAACCCAGACUUGUCCAACUUGGAUAACGUGUUGAACAAGGCUGCUAAGGAGGAUGAGGAGUCCAAGUAA